UCCCUCAAGACUUCAGAACGAACCGUUUGACAACAGGCCAUAGACUUCAUCCAAAGAGGACGCAUUGGUUUUGCGCUUAUUGUUUUGCUAGUUUGUGUUUAGUUAAGAAACGUAACAGGUGAAAUAUAGGCUACUGUGAGUGUAUAGGCAAGAUCAGUAUAGCCAAUGGAUACGUUCAGAGACGACUAGUAAGACCGUAACGAAAUGCUUGGCUGGUUUUCUUUAGAUAGCAGCUACGCGGUGAAUGGAGGUAACAGUGUGUUAAAAUGCCAUAUAAUGAAUAAUAAUAGAUCGAGAGAAUAUAUUUCUUAGAUUUAGGUCGAUACCUUUAUGGUCUGGUGAUUCAAACAAAGAGGGAUGGACAGAACAAAGUAAUACGCGUUCUGUUGCGUGGACUUCUGUGAGCUGACGCUUAAUGGUGCGCUAAUAGUCAUUUGUUUGGAGGCGCUGCAUCAUCAUGGUGGUCGAGAGGACACUUCUCGCAGCGAGGCAAGGGGAUGUGCAAACUCUGAAAGUACAGUUAGCGGAGAAAGUUCUCAACGGCGAUGUGAAAGAUGUGCUGGGAGCGACUCCCGUACACCACGCCGCGCGAGCGGGGAAGCUCACCUGUCUGCGGUAUUUGGUUGAGGAAGCGGGUUUACCGGCGAGCAGCCUGGCGAGAAACGGCGCAAGUCCUGCGCAUGACGCCGCAGCCACGGGCAACCUGACCUGCCUUCAGUGGCUCGUGACGCACGGAGGAUGUCGCGCGGCCGAUAAGGACAGCUCAGGGGCCACUGUCCUGCACUUGGCUUCUCGCUUCAGUCAUCAUGAGAUCAUUGAUUGGCUGCUGAAAAAUGGGGAAGGGGAUCCUACUGUUGCCACGGAUACGGGGGCGUUGCCUGUUCAUUAUGCUGCAGCUAAAGGGGACUUACCCUCGCUCAGGCUGCUAUUGGAACACAGCCCACAAGUUGUCAAUUUCCAAACUAAGAAUGGUGCCACACCACUAUACCUUGCAUGUCAGGAGGGCCACCUGGAAGUCGUCCAAUACUUAGUGAAGGACUGCGGGGCGGAGCCAAGUAUAAGAGCCAAUGAUGGGAUGACACCAUUGCACGCUGCUGCCCAGAUGGGACACAACACUGUCAUUGUCUGGCUGAUGAGUUUCACAGAAAUCAGCCUGUCUGACAGAGACAAUGAUGGGGCCACUGCCAUGCACUUUGCUGCCAGCCGUGGCCAUGCCAAGGUUCUCAGCUGGCUGCUGCUGCACGGCGGGGAGAUAGUGACGGACAGCUGGGAUGGGACACCUCUUCAUGACGCAGCUGAGAAUGGAGAGCUGGAGUGCUGUCAGAUUCUGGUAGUGAACGGAGUGGACAUGGGGAUACGGGACCAGGAUGGAUUCUCAGCGGCAGACCUGGCUGAAUACAACGGGCAUCAGCAGUGUGCCAAGUACAUCCGCACUGUUGAAAACAUGAGUGUGGAGCACCGAAUCUUGUCCCGGGACCCUUCGGCAGAUCUGGAGUAUAAGCAGCCCGACUCAGGCCUCUCCUCUCCGAAUGCCACCCUGCCCACCCCAACCCCCACCGCGGCCCAUUUCGACAUCUGCUCACCCUCCAGCUCGCUGUCCAAUUAUGACUCGGCAAACUCCAGCCAAUCCAGUACUGGAGAGAAGAGGAAUGGCACGCCUCCCUCACAAGUACCGACAGGAGGUGAAGAUUCGGCCAUUACAGACAUGCAGGCCUAUAUGGACAUGCUGAACCCUGAUGUAGCAGACGGCUCCCAGAAUGCAAAUGAACAUCCUGCACACCUGCCGCCCCCCCCACCCAAACCACCGGAGGAGGAGGAGUCUGCCGAGUACCUAAAGGUGAAGAGGAACCUUCGCCGAGUCGACAAUGAUGUAGUCAAAAACGAGCAGCUGAAUCCUGGCGAGGGCCACGAAAGGCUUCGAAGAGUCGACUCUAAUCGAAAGUCCCGUAGCUUCAGCAAGCAGCCCAGCACUGGGGAUUACUACAAAACCCUGGGUAGCGAUACCGCAGACCAGCACCCCAACAGAGCCAUGGCACCCAACGAGGAGGGUUCUGCACUGUUGGAGGAAGCAGCAGACACAGCGCCUGCUCCUGAGAACGGGACGGGAAACACAGAGGAUCUACCCCUUCCUCCUCCACCUCCUCCCCCACCCGCCAGCACCUUCAUCCCGACUCCACCUCCUCCUCCACCUCUUCCAUCAGAGCUGCCCCCUCCUCCUCCUCCACCCAGCACCACCGCACCGGCCCCUGCCCAGCGCCGCAUGUCUUCCUCCUCCAGCAGAGGGGAUCUGUCUCCCUCUGUCACCCCUGCUCCAGAAACACUCCGGCAGAGGAAGAGCAAUAAAUCCUUCAACAUGAUGUCCCCCACUGGAGAUAAUUCUGAGCUUCUGGCCGAAAUUAAAGCUGGGCCAAAACUGAAGCCAACACCUCAGAGUAAAGGCUACACGACCGUCUACUCUAACAGCAGCACAGCGGCGAACAAUGGGGAACGUCCGUCAUCGCCGCCAGAGCCUCUGCCAAAACCCCAGCCCAACAACACCCAAUCUGCAAAGCCAGAGUCUCCACCGCCUGCUUGCCCACCCACUCCACCCGCUCCCACGACCAGCGGAGGGUCGCCCCAGAACCUGUCCACCUCACAGAGCAGCGAGAAGCUCGCAACUGCUGUCAACGGAAAUACACCUGCUUUCCAGAGCAAGUCCAGCGUGGUGGACGUAGAGAGUCUGGUGCCCACACAUGACGAGCAGGGCCGAGCCAUCCCAGAGUGGAAGAGACAGGUGAUGGUGAGGAAACUACAAGUGAAGAUGCAGGAGGAGGAAGAGAACAAGAGAAAGGCUGAAGAAGAGGCGUCCCGUUUGGCUUCAUUGCCUGCCUGGAGGAGAGAUAUCAUGAAGAAAAAGAUGGAAGAAGAGAGUGAUAAAAUGGAACAUAAAAGAAAAGAGGAGGAACGGCGGCGAAUGGAAAAGGAGAACGAGGAGAAGUCGGAACUGGAGCGACUACGAACGCUAGGCUACGAUGAAACCAAGCUGGCGCCGUGGCAGCGGCAGAUUAUUUUAAAGAAAGGCGACAUAGCGAAACAGUAGUAGACUCCCCGUCACCCCCUCGGCUCUCGCACAGCUCUCUGCUGGUGUAUAACUGUAGGACACUGUUGAGAAUCUGCCAGACCCUUUAGACACAAACCAGACGGCGUUCUGCUCGAUGAGCACUUCAGCAGCGCUUCGUCUGAGUCUCAGUGUAUCCUGCAUGUUGUUGAGCUCUGAAGAUGCACUGUACCGUUAAAGGGUAAAAAAUGAAUGAAACUAAUGUUUUAACUGUGGUCAUUGUUUACCUGUUUUGAAAAUCAUUUGCAGCGUUCCCCACCUGACCCAUUAGCAUCUCAUUUUAAAUCUUUAGUAAUAUUUUCAAUUAUAAGUAGAACAUAUAUGUCAAGGAAAUCACAUGUAGGCUACUGUGCUUGAAAGCUUUUUUUAAGUUUACUUUAUGUAAUCUGUUAAGUAUGAUAGUCCUGAACAGGUGUUAUGGCACAAUGUAUUCUUACAUAAAGUAAGUGACACUUUGUGUUAUGGUGCAUCUAUGUUUCUUACAUAAAAAACGCAAUUUGGAAAUGAUACAUUAUAUAUAGAGAGAGAGAGAAACAAAUGCAAAAAAAUAAGCAUUUUACCAGUAGUCUCUUUGCACUGUACAUAUACAUGUUUCACCAAAAGGUGGAGUCAGAGAUCACAACUUAUAAUAAGUCUUCCCAAAUAACAAAGCUCAGAAUGUAUUUCAGACCUACAUAACAACCACUAAUGAAAACAGAUUAUGAAAUUAUAGUGAACCCCAUAAUUGCAGAAGAGAAGCCAAUGUCUUAAAUAUUCUAUUGCAUCUGAUGGUCUAAGUAAAAACAUCCCGGUCACCCUUUGUACUGAGAUUUACAGGACGUUUACAUUGGCGGGGGAAAGGAUGUCAUGAAAUCAUGACGGUGUAUUCAGCCAUGCUGCGCUCCCCAAUAAUGAAGCUGUAUUUUCCUUCUCUGCUUGGCAACUGUAGCUUGUUAAUGUAUUUCAAGUAAUUAGACAUCAGAAAAGUGCCGGAUGUGAAUCUGUAUGUGUGUGUGUGCAUGUGUGAGAAAGUAUAUGUGUGUGUAUAUUUACACAUGCAUAUAAUAUGUCUGUCCUGUGUCAUUGACUGUGCGAUGGGUAGAGUUGAUGUAUUUUGAGUGUUUUUUUUUUCUGUACA